AUGGCUGUCCUGAGUAAUACUAUAUACAAAGUUAGCCCACACACCAAGCGUGCAAAAUCAACUUCGACAUUUCCAGAUCGUCCUCCCACCACCUCGACGACUAACGAUAACAGGGUCAAGAUGAGUCACCGGAAGUACGAAGCGCCUCGUCACGGCUCCCUUGCCUACCUCCCGCGCAAGCGCGCUGCCCGUCACCGUGGUAAGGUCAAGAGCUUCCCCAAGGAUGAUGCCAAGAAGCCCGUCCACCUUACUGCCUCCAUGGGCUACAAGGCUGGUAUGACCACUGUCGUCCGUGACCUUGACCGUCCUGGUGCCAAGAUGCACAAGAAGGAGAUUGUCGAGGCCGUCACCGUCAUCGAGACUCCUCCUCUCGUUGCCGUUGGUGUCGUCGGUUACAUCGAGACUCCCCGUGGUCUCCGCUCUCUCACCACCGUCUGGGCUGAGCACCUGAGCGAUGAGGUCAAGCGUCGCUUCUACAAGAACUGGUACAAGUCCAAGAAGAAGGCCUUCACCAAGUACGCCAAGUCCCACGCCGAGAGCUCCGGUGCCUCCAUCACCCGCGAGCUUGAGCGCAUCCAGAAGUACUGCACUGUCGUCCGUGUGCUCGCCCACACCCAGAUCCGCCAGACCCCCAUCAAGCAGAAGAAGGCCCACCUUAUGGAGAUCCAGGUCAACGGUGGCUCCGUCGCUGACAAGGUCGACUUCGCCCGCAACCUCUUCGAGAAGACCAUUGAUAUCGACUCCAUCUUCGAGAAGGACGAGAUGAUUGAUGUCAUCGCCGUCACCAAGGGUCACGGUUUCUCCGGUGUCACCUCCCGUUGGGGUACCACCAAGCUGCCCCGCAAGACUCACAAGGGUCUGCGCAAGGUCGCCUGUAUUGGUGCUUGGCACCCUAACCACGUCCAGUGGACUGUUGCCCGUGCCGGUCAGGACGGUUACCACCACCGUACCUCUUGCAACCACAAGGUCUUCCGCAUUGGAAAGGGUACUGAUGAGGGUAACGCCUCCACCGAGUUCGACAUCUCCAAGAAGCAGAUCACCCCCAUGGGUGGUUUCGUCCACUACGGUGAGGUCAAGAACGACUUCGUUAUGGUCAAGGGCUCCAUUCCCGGUGUCAAGAAGCGUGUUAUGACUCUGCGCAAGACUCUGUACCCCCAGACUUCCCGCAGGGCCACCGAGAAGGUCGAGCUCAAGUGGAUCGAUACCUCCUCCAAGUUCGGUCACGGUGCUUUCCAGACCUUCGAGGAGAAGAAGGCCUUCAUGGGUACCCUCAAGAAGGACCUUGUGGAGACUGUUUAA